AAAUCCUCAGAAGAAGGUGAUCGCUAGGGGACAGUGCAAACCGCUACAUCUUCAGUUUGGCCCAGAAAGUGGCCUUUUUCGACAAAACGCCCUGCUGCCACGUCCUUAUUAACAUAGUCGAGCUUUUUUAGACGUAGAAUGUUUUGAUGGUGGUGUUUUAGGCGAGCUGGUGGAGACGUAGUGAAAUGAUGCAGCCAUUUGUGACGGUUUGUUGAUCAGGUGAAGCGGACGGAGCCGAGGAGGAGUCUCCGAAGAGACAACUCGUUUUAAGCUACGCUGAGCCCAACAACUUCAAACUGGCUGAAAUGGAUGAACAAAGUGUUGAGAGCAUCGCCGAGGUGUUUCGUUGCUUCAUCUGCAUGGAGAAACUGAGGGAUGCUCGCCUCUGCCCACAUUGCUCCAAACUUUGCUGCUUCAGCUGCAUACGGCGAUGGCUGACGGAGCAGAGAGCUCAGUGUCCACACUGUCGAGCUCCUCUGCAGCUGAGGGAGCUGGUAAACUGUCGCUGGGCGGAGGAGGUCACUCAGCAGCUGGACACCCUGCAGCUCUGCAGCGUCACCAAGCAUGAAGACAACGACAAGGACAAAUGUGAAAACCACCAUGAGAAGCUGAGUGUCUUCUGUUGGACCUGUAAGAAAUGCAUCUGCCACCAGUGUGCCCUCUGGGGAGGAAUGCACGGCGGCCACACCUUCAAGCCUUUGGUGGAGAUUUACGAGCAGCACGUGACCAAGGUGAAGGAGGAGGUGGGCAAGCUGCGCCGCCGCCUCAUGGAGCUCAUCAGUUUGGUGCAGGAAGUGGAGAGAAACGUAGAGGCUGUGAGGGGAGCGAAGGAUGAGAGGGUCAGGGAGAUCCGAAACGCGGUGGAAAUGAUGAUCGCCCGUCUGGACAACCAGCUGAAGAACAAACUCAUCACUCUCAUGGGCCAGAAGACGUCCUUGACCCAAGAGACGGAGCUGUUGGAGUCUCUGCUGCAGGAGGUGGAGCAUCAGCUUCACUCGUGCAGUAAGAGUGAACUGAUCUCUAAGAGCCCAGAGAUCCUGCUCAUGUUCCAGCAGGUCCACCGUAAACCCAUGCAGUCCUUCGUCACCACGCCGGUCCCCCCAGACUUCACCAGUGAGCUGGUUCCUGCCUAUGACUCCAGCACUUUUGUACUCGUCAACUUCAGCACUUUGAGGCAGCGGGCCGACCCGGUCUACAGUCCUCCUCUGCAGAUAUCUGGCCUCUGUUGGAGACUUAAAGUCUACCCAGACGGAAACGGCGUCGUCCGUGGAAACUAUCUGUCUGUGUUCCUCGAACUGUCUGCUGGGCUUCCUGAAACAUCAAAAUAUGAGUACCGUGUUGAGAUGGUCCACCAGGCCUCCAGCGACCCGACCAAGAACAUCAUCCGAGAGUUUGCUUCAGACUUCGAGGUUGGUGAAUGUUGGGGCUACAACCGCUUCUUCAGACUGGACCUGCUGGCCAGCGAGGGCUACCUGAACAUGCAGACCGACACGCUGGUCCUCCGCUACCAGGUUCGCUCACCUACGUUCUUCCAGAAGUGCAGAGAUCAGUACUGGUACAUUAGCCAGCUGGAGUCGGCUCAGAGCGGCUACAUCCAACAGAUCAACAACUUGAAGGAGAGGCUGGCCAUUGAGUUGUUUCGCCGCCAGACGUCCCGCAGCUCCUCGCCCCCCAACCUGAGGCUCGUUGCAGGCACCGCAAUGUCUGAGAGAGACCCUCGCUCGGUGAAAAGUGACGACGACGCCCAGACCACUCUGAGCAACUCUAAGAAAGGAGAAGAAGAGGAGAGAACGCAGCAUGAUGACUCAAAUGAGCUGUCGGACGGAGACUUGGAGGUGGACUGUCUCACCGAGGAGGAGGUGAACCCGCUGGACGGAAGCAGUACCUCAGGAAGCUCCACGGCCACUAGCAACACAGAAGAGAACGACAUAGAUGAGGAGACCAUGUCAGGGGAAAAUGAUGUGGACUUCAUCGGAAACCUGGAGGCAGAAGAAGGAGAGCUUUCUGAAGACCUGGCCGGAGCCACAGGUGGUUCCAGCACCAGCAUGCGCUCAUCACAUCGACUCGCUGCUGCAGGUCGUAGUAGCGGUGGGAGCGGAGCUGCUGCUGUUCCUUCAGGGGGCGCUGUUGGGCCAGGCAGCAGCAGCCUUCUGGAAAUAGACCCAGUCAUCCUGAUCCAGCUGCUGGAUCUGAAGGAGCGCAGCAGUGUAGAGUCUCUGUGGGGCCUCCAGCCUCGACCUCCAGUGUCUCUGCUACACAGCCAAGCACACGCCCACUCAAGAAAGGAGCGCGAGCGACGGCCGCAGGUGGUGCGGCGGUCCGCUCCAGACUCGGGCGUCCUGAUCCGGCUUAAGGCUCAGAUGGCCGAGGUCCGCACCAAGAUGGCCGAUGUCAAGAGUCAGGUUAUGGAGGCGCGGGAGUCCGGAGAGCCCGGACCGGGCCCAUCUGGUGGCUGCGGCAUGGAGGAGGUUUCAGCUCAUUCUGGUAAUCCGGACCUGCCAGCUUGUCACAAGGGUGGUGAGCUGGAGCUGGAGGUGGUGGGGAGAGCAGCUGCGGCCCGACCCAGGGCCUGUCGACCCACGAGGAAAUCUCUGUCUCCUGUCCUGGACAGCAGUGGCAGCUCUCUGCUUGUGAAGAGGAGGAGUCCUGAGGAGAUGGAGAAAGAUCUGAGAGGAGCAGGGGCUGCUGCAGAGCUCAGUCUGCAUCCUAAAGAUGGGAUAGGAGCUGUAGAGGUAGUGCUGAAGCCUGAAGUUGUCACUUGCCCCCUUGUGUCUUUGGGCUCCUCCUCGUCGGAUCAAGCCUCCACCAGCACCAAGCCGCAGUACUCGGUAGAACAGCAGCUGUACGGCGCCUCGGGGCCCCGAGACGAGAUCUUUUCUCUGGGAGGACCGAGCUACAUGACUGCCAGUAAGGCCUGCAGCGGCAGGACUCUCGGGGCGGCGGUGUUGGAGUGCAAGUCAGAAAGUUUAGGAAACUCCAAUCAGUCCCUGCUGGAGGGGAUUUCUGCUCCUCCACAGUCAGAUGAAGAUCAGUCAUCUGUGUUGGUGGCAGCAACCAGCAGUGACAGCGACACUGAGGAUGAGGCUCUGCAGAGCAGCAAUUCCCGAUACGACAACCACACUCUUCCCUGCACAGGAGAGCAGCUCCGGUCCGAGGACAAUGGUCGUCCUGCCAUCAGGUGAUUUGGCAGAACCCUCAGAGUCCAAACAGCGAAUCCACAAUGGCCAGAAAUAUUGACACUGACAUGUAGAGGAUGACCUGCUUGCUGUGCAUGAGCCUGAAAUAAAGACAAUGCGACAACCCAACCUGUUUACCAGGACGCAGAAGAACCCGGCCGAGGCGCUGAGAAAAGCAAUAUGUUCUUAAUUUUGUUUAAACAAAGUCAAAAUGCCUCCCUUCAGAGAUCCACGUUGCAAAGUUCUGGUCAUUUUGUAGCGAUAAACGUACUUUCAUUUAUUUAAUAACCACUACCUUAUUUAAUUGAAUAAAUCAGCUGCUUUCGUUUGCCAAGUAUCUCUCACGUUUUCUGUGUGGGAAUGCUUUUCUCAGUCCAGAUGUGUUUUAGUAGUUUGGUUCAUUAAAGUGCUGCUUCACUGAGUUCUGGCUUUUCCCAGAAGCCCCCACCAGCAGGAUGAUUUAAAGUCUUUCUGUCACACACCCAGUUUAGCAGAUUUAAACCUCCCAGUGAUUUUGUUUUUCUUUCCUGAAGUUAACUAUGAUAUUUUUUUCAUUUCUGUAACUGCCUUCACUGCUAAGAGCAUGCAGCAGCAUGGUUUUAUUGAUUACAGAUUUAAAGAUGGCUGCUGCUCAGAUUGUUAUGCUGAAACUUUAAUGCUUUCUGCAGAUUUAGGAAUCUGGCCAGCAUAUAUUUUUGUCUCGUCGUGAACUCUAACAUCACUAACUGAACUGGGAACAGAGGUGUAAGUUGUGUCUGCUCAUACAGACCUACUGCACAGGUUUUCUAUUAACAAAUGUAUUUAUUUAAAAGUUAAGGAGGUUUACUGAACUUUAACGAACCAACAUGAAUGAACAGUCUUCAAAGCUGCAGCAGCUCUGGUUUUCUAGACAAUCUUGAAAAUGUUCCUUUAAAAACAGCAAAGCAACAUUUUAUUUAUGAACAUACCAUCCAAAUUACACACAUUAAACUUGCAGAGAUGUUUGUUGUAUUUAUAGGUUUUAUUGUCUCCUCUUGUGCAGGGCAUAUUUGAGGUGGACGGCUUGUAAUUGAAGAUGAUCAAGACAUAUUUUCUGCUAAUCAAUAAAUAAUAAAGUGAAGCCUCCACCUGCAGGUGAAAUGUAAUUUUUGGGGCUUCAACAGGUUCGAUGUGUUCUGUUGUUUGGUGAGGUGUAAGAAAAGUGCUCAUAAUUUGGCUGGAACAACGUAGAUCUCAGAGAGAUUGCCAGUAAUAAAGGUCGGUAAUUAUAUAACAUGUUCUUUGCUGCUGUGCUGCUGGCUUUUCUUGAUGGAUUUAUUCAUUUACACCUCAGUGCUCUGAAUAAACAGAGCAGAAGCUAAUUAUAAAGGUCAAUGCUGAAACUAAGCUCUUAAAACAUGUUAAAGUUUGGCUGUUUUACACCUUUCUGGACUUCUAACUCUCAUCCAACCCUUAAAUGUCAUCCUGUCAUUUGUUUACAUUGUAUAUAUUGCAGCUUUGAUAAGGCUGGCUUUAGACUGGAGGUGCAUGGCUUUAUUGGCUUGACUAAUAGUAGGAUGACAGGGUUAAUAUUAUAUUACUGAAAAUCAGUCAUGUUGUUUCUGUUGGUGCUGAUGCACGUGGACGAACUGCAGCAGGACUCUCACCAUGUGGUGUUCUCUGUUUUCUAUUUCUAUGGAAAGCUGCUUUUGUUUUGACUGUUCCUAUAAUGCAACAUGCAUUAUUCUGUGGAUAUUUUUGUCUAAUAAAUGAAAGGUUUUACAACACAUGAAAAGA